AUGGUCAAGUUUGCCAAGUUUGAGCUGCCUCAAUAUCUGCACGGCAACGAAGACCGAGCGACCUACGUCUUGGCCGGCAGUGCCGCACCCAGCAUCUCCCUCGACGAGCUAAUCUCGCUAUCCAGCGACCGCGCGACGACGGAAAAUGCGUUGAAAUUCCACUCGCUGAAACUGCCUCUCGGCCCGGUCCAAGGCAGCCUGGGCCUGCGACGCGCCAUUGCGGCCCUGUAUCAGGGUCAGGGUCAGGGUCAUGAUCAAGGCGAACCGGGAGUGCCAGGGUCAGGGCCAGUGUCCGCCCCCAUCUCGGCCGACCAUGUCAUCACCACCCCCGGCACCACGGGAGCGAACUUCCUGGUGUUGCAGGGUCUCCUCGGCGCGGCCGACCACGCCAUCUGCCUGUAUCCGACGUAUCCGCAGCUCACGGGCCUGGUCGAGGCGGUGGCCGGCCAAGUAUCGUACUGGGCUCCCAAGCCGGAGGACGGCUGGCGACCGGACCUCUCGGAGCUGCGCGGCCUGAUCAAGCCCGACGGGUCGACCAAAGUGCUCGUGCUCAACAACCCCAACAACCCGACCGGGUGGCACUUUGACCGCGAGCUGCAGCGGCAGAUCCUCGACCUUGCUCGCGAAAAGGGCCUGAUCGUGCUGGCGGACGAGAUCUUCCGGCCGCUGUUCGCCACAGACAUAACGCCUCCGCCGUCCUUCAUCGAGCAUGAUGACUACACCAAGGUCAUUGUGACCGGCUCGUUGAGCAAGGUGUGGGGAAUGUCGGGCGUGCGCAUCGGAUGGGUGGUCUGUCGCGACCCGGCCAUCAUCGACCUCCUCGUCAACGCCCGUCAGUAUACGGUGCAGUCGACGGGCGUCAUCGACGAGGCCAUUGCCACCGAGGUCCUGAGCGACCGCUGCCGUCCGGCCCUGUUGCGUCGCCAUCUGGCUUACCAGCACCAAGAUCUGGCUCUGCUGGACGCCUUUGUCGAGACGAACAAGGAUCUCGUCUCGUGGACAAGGCCUACCGCCGGCGCCACUGCGUUUGUCAAGUUCUCCGCGCCCACGCGCGAGCCGCUCGAUGAUGUGGCUUUUUGUCAGGCCCUCCUGGACAAGAAGGGUGUGCUGCUUGGUCCGGGGAGUCUGUGUUUUGGAGGCAAUUCUCCCACUGACUUUAGAGGCUACGUGCGCGUCCACAUCACGAAGGAGCCGGGUGUUUUGCAGAAGGCACUGGACUUGACAAGCGAGUUCUUGGAGGAGUAUCGAUCUGGACAAGACAAGUGA